ACCUGUUAUUGUCUCAUACAAUCAUGGGCUUUACAAUACCUGUCCUCGGAAUUGUACUAGCCUUAGUGGGGUGUUCGAAUGGACAGCUGCAGAAAGUAACCUCUCUUCAAUUUCUAGUCACUGUUAACACGACCUUCAAUGAUUGUAUUGCCACCAUCAAGACUCCAUGGAUAAAACCAUCGACAAAGGGGGUGAAGAUAUUUGUAGGAGGGUGCGAUGAAGGACCAUUAGAAUUCAAUGUUUUAUCUGGCCAAAACGCUGCUAAUACUUCCAUGAUCGUUGACUUAACUUUUCACUCCUCUGUGAUAGUCGAUGCGUCCCCUCCUACCUGUAAAAUUCCGUUCACGGGUUCCUAUCUUGUCCCCAAAGCUGACGAUCGAGAAAUGUCCCUCCUUCCAAACUGUAUGACGGGAGAUUCCAGGGAGGGGUACCAUAUGACGUAUUACUGGUUCAAAAUCUUCGACUGGACAUAUGGAUGAAUAUUUUUUAUAUGACUUUCAAAUGAAU